GAAUCGGUUAUUAGAACGUCCAUUUGACAGCCUGUAGUCAUGGCGUCGACCUGGAUAUACAUCACGCUGACGAUGUUGCUGUGUGUGGAGUCGGGAGUGUCAAGGACGUUUCGAGCUGCAGUUCUUGAACAUGCACUGCACCUUCCCAACACAACUUCAGUCGUAUCCAGGCAACAAGCACUGACUUAUGUUGAGCCUAAUCUGGCCGAAUUCGAACGCCAAGCUGCAAUCGCUCGUUCACAGAGUGUUGAUAUUCUGGUCACACCCGAAGAUGGAAUAUACGGCAUGCGGUUUAAAAGAACAAUAAUAAGACCGUAUAUGGAAACAAUCCCAGAUCCAAGGCACCUGACGUGGAACCCGUGUACAGCCGCCGCAGACAUACCCAACGUCGACGUCCAACGACGUCUGAGCUGCAUGGCCCGUGACAACGCGCUCUACCUGGUAGCCAACUACGGUGAUAUACAACCCUGCUCCGUUCGAAACGACCCCAACUGCGCUUCCGAUGGCCACUACCAAUACAACACGGACAUUGUGUUCGACCCGAACGGUACACUCAUCGCGAGGUACCACAAAAAGCAUCUCUUCUUUGAAUACCAGUUUGACAAACCAACUGAAGCAGAGAACGUCGUGUUUGAGACGCCGUUUGGCAGAUUUCGCGUCAUCACCUGCUUUGACAUUAUGUUUAAGAAGCCAGCAAUAUCUCUCAUUGAAGACCUCAGUGUGGGCAACAUCGUGUUCCCUACAGCGUGGAUCGACACCCUUCCCCUCCAGGCCGCGAUACAAUUCCACUCAGCAUUCGCCAUGGGGAUGGGCGUGAACUUCCUGGCUGCAAACAUCCAUCGGCCCGGGGACAGGUUUCACGGCAGUGGUAUUUACACGCCAGAUGGCGCUGCGGUAUACCACUACAAUGACACCAUCGGGACUGGAGGCGGUAAACUCCUUAUUGCAGACAUCGAUAUUAUGGAUAAAGCUGCACGUCGUCCUGUUGAGGACCAACCCAAACCAGACUCAAAGAUGCUCAGCGUGGAUCAGUUUGAGUUUAAGUCCUACCUUUUCAAUGAUCUGUUUAACUUUGUAUCCCUCCGAGAUCCUCACGCUGACGAAAUCAAGGUCUGCCACAACGCUCUCUGUUGUCACGCUACGUACACGGCCGACCUUAAUGAAGGUGACAUGUAUGCUCUCGGCGCAUUUGAUGGUCUUCACACAUACGAGGGGCAAUAUCACCUUCAAAUAUGUACAAUGCUUAAAUGUGCCAAUUCAUCCCAUUCAAGCUGUGGUACACCAACAUUUGAUGCCAGCUCCAUCUUCUCCAACAUUGACAUCCGGGGCACAUUCAGCACACCCUACAUCUUCCCUGAAGUGCUGAUGUCAGACACCGGAAGUCUCGCUUUAGCGCAGACGCAGUUGAGUUUCAAGAACGGAAGUCUCGUCACAAAGAAUCCCCUGGAUCUCCCGUUGUUGUCUGCGACUCUGUUUGGACGGAAGUACAGCUGGGACAACGGUUUCGACGACGACAAGGCGUCUGGUUGCUGCGGUCGCGACAGCAUUCUACUUACUAUCUACCUGUCCCUGGUCUUAACACUGUUUCUUAAAUGAAGAUGACACGUGACACCUGAUUGAGGCUUCGAUUCAAGAAUCUUUUCCAAAAUCGAACGCUUCAUCUCUCCCUAUUGUCGUAAACCAAACCGACAACGUUUUACUUGUUUCAUUGCUAACGAAUCAUAAAUACAAUGUAAGCGAAUUUGUUUCUUGUUUUUAGAAUGAACAUUCUUCUGCUGCAUAAAAUGCAUUUGAUAUGGGAGUGAUACAGUCUGAUUGGUAGUUUGAAAGUUUGUCGAAGUUUGCCUUUGGCUCUAAUGAUCAGCAUAAAUUGAAAUAUUUUGUUCGACUGCAAGUACAGUCAGACUUAAUUCAAACAUUGAAUUAAUUCAAAGUUAUGAAAACGCCUGAGAUCAAUGCAAUUAGUUUGUUGAUUUAGAAGAGGGAAUUAUCUCCAAAAGAUUGACUAAAUUUAACAUUUUUCGUCACAAAAAAAUAAAAUGACAACAUAACCCAUUUGCAUUAUAACCUUGGUGCCAUUACAAUCAGGGAAUUUUGCACUGUGGAAAUCCGUUCUAGGUAAAAUACAUGGCAUUGUAAGCAGGGACGUAACAAACAGGUUGGACUGUAUCUAGAGUAAUAACUGGAUUACAGUUUCAAUAUGUAAACUGUUAAUACAGAAUUGAUAGCAUCCCUGUUAAUAAGUGGAAUACUUCUAUUUGUAAUAUGUCUUCUGUGUGUCAAAAUUAUUUCAUCU